UCAUGGCGUACCACAACCACCUCUCCCAGCAGGACCUUCCUCUCCACCACUUCACAGACCAAACCCAGCAACAGCACCAGCCAUUUCAAUCCGACCAACCCGACCCGAACUCCAAGCCCAGGGAGCCCCACCACCCAUUUCAGCCCGCCCCAAAUUGGCUCAACACCGCCCUCCUCCGCAACUACACCAACGCGGACGCCAACAACAACCAUAACAACAACAACGGCGGCGGCGGCGCUUCCAAUUUCCUCAACCUCCACGUCACCGCCUCCGACUCCACCACCUCCCAGGCCUCCAACCAAUGGCUCUCACAGCCCCACCGCCCCAUCCUCCACCGCAACCACAGCGACGUCAUCGAUGACGUCACCGCCGUCGGGGGCGACUCCAUGAUCGCCGCCACCAUCUCCCACGACUCCGCCGACCUCAAGCCCGACAGCAGCCUCAACAAGACGGACAUCGUCGUGGAGAGCGGCGGCGGCGGCGGAGAUGGCGGAAUGAUCAACUGGCAGAACGCAAGGCACAAGGCGGAGAUUCUGGCCCACCCGCUGUACGAGCCCCUGCUGUCGGCACACGUGGCGUGCCUGCGGAUCGCCACGCCGGUGGACCAGCUGCCGAGGAUCGACGCCCAGCUGGCUCAGUCGCAGAAUGUGGUGGCUAAAUACUCGGCUUUGGGCCACGGCAUGGUCGGCGAUGAUAAGGAGCUUGAUCAGUUCAUGAGGCAUUAUGUUUUGUUGCUUUGUUCUUUUAAAGAACAACUGCAACAACAUGUCCGGGUGCAUGCCAUGGAAGCAGUGAUGGCUUGCUGGGAGAUUGAGCAAUCACUACAAAGCUUAACAGGAGUUUCCCCCGGUGAAGGCACGGGUGCUACAAUGUCUGAUGAUGAAGACGACCAAGUCGACAGCGAUGCAAACUUGUUUGAUGGAAGCAUGGAUGGUCAUGACAGCAUGGGAUUCGGCCCUCUUAUCCCGACAGAGAGCGAAAGGUCGUUGAUGGAGCGUGUGAGGCAAGAGUUGAAGCAUGAGCUGAAGCAGGGUUACAAGGAGAAAAUCGUAGACAUACGGGAGGAAAUUUUGCGCAAGAGACGAGCUGGAAAGCUUCCUGGUGACACCACCUCUGUGCUAAAAGCUUGGUGGCAAUCACAUUCAAAGUGGCCAUAUCCAACUGAGGAAGACAAGGCUAGGUUGGUACAGGAAACUGGUUUGCAAUUAAAGCAGAUAAACAAUUGGUUCAUCAAUCAGAGGAAGAGGAACUGGCACAGCAAUCCUUCAACCUCCACAGUUUUGAAGAGCAAACGCAAAAGAAGUAAUGCAGGUGAAAACAGCGGUGAUCGAUUCGGAUGAAUGGAGAAAAGGAAACGAGGGCCAUUCCUGGGAUGAUUAUUUGUUCAUGCUUCCACUACAUCCAUAAUUUCAACAUAGAAACUGUGAUAGCAUAGGACUUCAUGGAAGAAGACAACAGGGUUGAAGUGAAAGAAUCAUAUUUUGAUUCUACAGAAAGAAAAAGGCUAACACUGAUUAUGAGCCGUUAUACAGGUAUGCUCAAAGGCUGCAGAUGGAGUAGUAUCAUAUAUCGUUAGGAGUUCAGUAUUUAGGAAUUAUGUUACUGAAUCUGAAUUGGAUAGUCCACUAGAGGGCUUACAAUUUUUUGUUUAUGAUCUUCAUGUCUGUGAAUAAGAACAGUGAGGGGUUGUGGUGGGUGUACAGUGCAAUGACCUGAGCGUGGUUCCUUACAUACAUCACACUGGUGAUUAAAUUAAAUUAUAGCUUUUCUUUAUGGCAUUUUGUUGUAGAGAUGAAUUUGUAGUAAAUAAAGGUAUGUAAAUUUUUAGAGUGGCAUCGUUGACGCUCUUUCGUGCAACCA